AUGAAUACAUCGUCAGUUCAGUCUUCCGUUCCAUGUUUAACAACUAUUUCAUUUGAUACAUUUUCACAUGCCAUUGAACAUUUAAAUGAAUAUAUUAAUUUUCUAUCGUCAUAUACCUCAGAUAUGUCUAUUGAAUAUGGUCAAAUAAUAUCAAUUGUUUCGAAUUGUUCUGAUCUUGUUAAUUGUAUAAAUACUUAUCAAAAUUUAUUUAUUGAAUAUGCUAUUGAUGAUUAUUUUUAUCUUGAUGAACAUUUUGAUUUAAUCUAUCAAAAUGUUCUUAAAAUACUUAAUUAUCUUCAUAAUUUACCAACGAUUAAUUCAGAUAUAUAUAAUCUUGAAAAAGAACUUUUAUGUUAUCUUCCAUCAAAUUAUUUAAAUCAUAUUUCAUCAUCAUUAUCAAAUCAAAUUGCAUCAUCCCUUAUUGAUCAAACUUCACAAUUAUUGUUAUCAUCAUAUAAUUCAUUAUUAAAUAAUCAUAAGGACGAUAAUAAUGAUUGUAUUAUAUCGUCUAGUUCUCUUUUUAGUACUUCACCUAUAGCAAUAAAUAUUGAUAAUUCUAAUAGACCAAAAAAUCAUAAUGAUAAUUAUUGUCAUUCAGGAUCAUUAUUACAAUUAGAUAAAAUAAAUAUUCAUACAACAAUUUUAACACAGUCUCAAUUAACAUCAUCAUUUCAAUUUGAUUUUAAUGAUUUUGAACAAAUUGAAAAUGAUUUAAAAAAUUUAGAUAAUACAUAUGAUUGGAUAAAUAUUGAACGAGAAUUUCUUAUUAAUAUUAUUUCAAUAUGGUCGAAUAAAACCUUAACUAUGCAUACAAUAAAUCCGUGGUCAAGUGAAACAUUUUGGACAUUAAUUAUGCAUUUUAAAUGUUCGGAUAUGAAUUUAAAAUAUGAAUUUAUUUUAAUUGUACAAUGGUGUUUGUGUUUGUUAACAAUUCAAGCUUUUAAUCGAGAUUGGGAUUUAUUCUUUAGUAGAACUCUAAUAAAUACAAUCAUUGCAAAUCGUUGGGGAACAAUUUGUUUGUCUCAUAAUAUUCAUUUAAGUGCUGUUGGUCAUAAUCUUAAUCAAAUGUUUCUUCGUCUUAUACGAAUUACAUCAAUUUUACAAUACAUGAAAAUUCUUUCUGAACAAUCAUCAUAUUUAACUUCUUUUCUUAAAAAUACAAUUUCUUCGAAUAUAAAUCAUUUAACGAAACAAAUCGAAGGAACAUUUCAAUUAUUAAUUGUAUGGGUUAAUCAACAUGCAGAUACAUUUAUUAAUGGAAAUUCACUUGAACGAACAUUAGUUAUAUGUAAAAGUGAUCAAACACAAUUAUCAUUAACUAUUAAUGGUUUGGUAGAUACUCUUAGACAAUUAGAAAACUGUGAACAAACAAUAAAUUUAGUUAAUAAAUUACAUUCAUCAUGUGAAACAAUUGUUAUUGGAACAAUGUCGAAAUUAUAUCGACGUGUUAAAAUGAAUACAACAAAUCACUUUGAUAUAAUAUUACCACCAACAACAAAUGAAUUGCGAACAACUAAUCAACACCGAUCAUAUAUGAUAAUUGCAUGUGAUAAAAUUCUUAAACCAAUUUUAAGUCAAUGUGAAUGUUUAAAUAUUGAGAAAAAAAUUGAUAUUUAUGAACAGAUAUUUUCAUCAUUUGUCGAAGGAUGGACAUCAAUAUUACGUGAAAGAAAAUAUCAUUUUUCGUAA